UUAUGGACUCUUCUGAGAUUAUCUGCGAUGUUGAAAUGAAGUAACUCAAGAUGAGCAAGUUAAAAGUGAUAUCAGAGAAAAGCCUUACCAAUAAUUCUCGGAUCGUGGGACUCCUGGCUCAGCUGGAGAAGAUCAAUACUGAAUCCACAGAAUCAGAUACUGCCAGAUAUGUUACAUCAAAAAUUCUUCAUCUGGCUCAAAGUCAAGAAAAAACAAGGAGAGAAAUGACAGCCAAAGGUUCUACAGGAAUGGAAGUUCUGCUGUCAACCCUAGAGAACACGAAAGAUCUUCAAACUACACUUAAUAUCUUAAGCAUUCUUGUUGAGCUGGUGUCAGCUGGUGGAGGUCGAAGAGCGAGUUUCUUGGUCACCAAAGGUGGUUCACAAAUAUUGUUGCAGUUACUUAUGAAUGCCAGCAAAGAAUCUCCCCCGAAUGAGGAGUUGAUGGUGCAGAUUCAUUCUAUUCUUGCAAAGAUUGGACCUAAAGACAAAAAAUUUGGAGUGAAAGCUAGAAUUAAUGGAGCUCUGACUAUAACCCUGAAUUUGGUCAAACAGAAUUUGCAGAAUCAUCGCUUGGUUUUGCCUUGUCUUCAGCUUUUACGAGUAUAUUCUGCCAACUCUGUGAAUUCAGUAUCCUUAGGGAAAAAUGGAGUUGUGGAGCUGCUGUUUAAAAUCAUCGGACCAUUUAGUAAGAAGAAUUCGGGUCUCAUGAAGGUUGCUUUAGACACUCUUGCUGCAUUGCUAAAAUCAAAAACAAACGCCAGAAGAGCUGUAGACAGAGGAUAUGUCCAAGUCCUUUUAACAAUUUAUGUAGAUUGGCACCGCCAUGAUAACCGGCAUAGAAACAUGCUCAUUCGGAAAGGAAUUUUACAGAGUUUAAAAAGUGUUACAAACAUCAAGUUGGGAAGAAAAGCAUUUAUAGAUGCCAAUGGGAUGAAAAUUCUGUAUAACACUUCACAGGAAUGUUUGGCAGUCAGGACCCUUGAUCCUCUUGUCAACACCUCCAGUCUGAUAAUGAGGAAGUGUUUUCCUAAAAAUCGCCUGCCACUCCCAACGAUUAAAAGUUCUUUCCAUUUCCAGUUGCCAGUUAUUCCUGUGACUGGGCCUGUGGCCCAGCUCUACAGUUUACCCCCUGAAGUGGAUGACGUAGUAGAUGAAAGUGAUGACAAUGAUGAUAUUGACUUAGAAGCCGAAAAUGAAACUGAAAAUGAAGAUGACGUAGAUCAGAAUUUUAAGAAUGAUGAUAUUGAAACGGAUAUUAACAAACUAAAACCCCAGCAGGAACCUGGACGAACGAUAGAAGAACUUAAAAUGUAUGAACACCUUUUCCCUGAGCUUGUUGAUGAUUUUCAGGACUAUGAUUUAAUCUCCAAAGAACCAAAGCCUUUUGUAUUUGAGGGCAGAGUACGUGGUCCUAUUGUUGUUCCUACUGCGGGAGAGGAAGCAUCUGGGAAUCCAGGCAAUUUAAAAAAAGGAGUUGUAAGGAAAGCAAAUGUGUCUCCUAAAGGAGAUGAAGGUGAUAAGAAGCCUACCUGUAUGGAUCUGGUGAAAGAAGAUAUUAAAGAUAAUGACAGAACAUCACAACAGCCUCUAGGUGAUCAAAACAGAACUAUUUCUUCGGCCCAGGGCUUAAACAAUGAUAUUGUGAAGGCCUUGGACCGAAUUACGUUGCAGAAUAUCCCUUCUCAGACAGCCCCAGGUUUUAAUGCAGGAGCGAAGAAGGACUACAGUCUCCCUCUUACUGUCCUCACGUGCACUAAAAGUUGUCCACACAUGGCCACUUGUGGAAAUGUUCUGUUUGAGGGAAGAACAGUUCAGCUAGGGAAGCUUUGUUGUACUGGAGUUGAAACUGAGGAUGAUGAAGAUACAGAAUCUACUUCAUCAGUGGAACAAGCAUCAGCAGAAGUCUCUGAUGGACCCACCCUCCACGACUCAGAUCUCUAUAUUGAGAUUGUGAAAAAUACAAAGUCUGUCCCAGAAUAUUCAGAAGUGGCUUAUCCUGAUUAUUUUGGUCACAUUCCGCCUCCAUUCAGAGAGCCUAUUUUAGAAAGACCUUAUGGUGUACAAAGGACAAAAAUUGCUCAAGAUAUUGAGAGGUUAAUACAUCAGAGUGAUAUCAUAGAUCGAGUGGUAUAUGACUUAGAUAACCCAAAUUACACUAUUCCAGAAGAAGGAGACAUUUUGAAGUUUAACUCCAAAUUUGAAUCUGGGAAUCUGCGCAAAGUAAUUCAAAUUAGAAAAAAUGAAUAUGAUCUUAUUUUGAACUCAGAUAUAAAUAGCAAUCAUUAUCACCAGUGGUUUUACUUUGAAGUCAGUGGAAUGCGACCGGGUGUUGCUUAUAGAUUUAACAUCAUUAACUGUGAAAAGUCCAACAGUCAAUUUAAUUAUGGUAUGCAACCACUCAUGUAUUCGGUUCAGGAAGCAUUAAACGCCAGACCAUGGUGGAUUCGUGUGGGAACCGACAUUUGUUACUAUAAAAAUCACUUCUCAAGAAGUUCAGUUGCUGCAGGUGGGCAAAAGGGAAAAUCCUACUAUACAAUUACAUUCACUGUCAAUUUUCCACAUAAAGAUGAUGUUUGCUACUUUGCUUAUCACUAUCCAUACACAUAUUCAACUUUACAGAUGCAUCUUCAAAAAUUGGAAUCCGCACACAAUCCUCAGCAAAUCUAUUUUCGAAAAGAUGUGUUAUGUGAAACCCUGUCUGGAAACACCUGUCCCUUGGUGACUAUAACAGCGAUGCCAGAGUCUAAUUAUUAUGAACAUAUCUGUCAAUUCAGAAACCGCCCUUACGUUUUCUUAUCUGCUCGGGUACAUCCUGGAGAAACUAAUGCAAGUUGGGUAAUGAAGGGAACAUUGGAGUACCUCAUGAGUAAUAACCCUACUGCCCAGAGCCUACGAGAAUCCUAUAUUUUUAAAAUUGUCCCUAUGCUAAAUCCAGAUGGUGUCAUCAAUGGAAAUCACCGCUGUUCUUUAAGUGGAGAGGAUCUGAAUAGACAGUGGCAAAGUCCAAAUCCAGAUUUACAUCCUACAAUUUACCAUGCUAAGGGACUGCUACAAUACCUGGCAGCUGUGAAACAUUUACCACUGGUUUAUUGUGAUUAUCAUGGCCAUUCCCGGAAGAAGAAUGUAUUUAUGUAUGGAUGCAGCAUCAAAGAGACCGUAUGGCAUACCCACGAUAAUGCAACUUCAUGUGAUGUUGUGGAAGAUGUAGGAUACAGGACUUUGCCUAAGAUACUGAGCCAUAUUGCCCCAGCAUUUUGCAUGAGCAGCUGUAGCUUUGUAGUAGAAAAAUCUAAAGAAUCCACGGCACGUGUUGUAGUUUGGAGGGAGAUAGGAGUACAAAGAAGCUAUACCAUGGAAAGUACUUUAUGUGGCUGUGAUCAGGGAAAAUAUAAGGUUGACCACAGUAUAUUAUUUUUCCAAAAUGUAAUGUCCUUUGAAUUCUCUUCAAAUACUGUAAAACAGUGA